UCAGUGAGUGCUGAAUGGCUACUGUAUUCCCUCCUCCUUAGUUCAAUGUAAGAUGGUGGUGAGAAGCUCCUGUCUAAAGACAUAUUUAAACUGAAAAGGAACCUGUCGAGCAAGCUAUUAAACCCAGAGCUGGACGAGUCAGCGCUGGGAAGUGUGUGCUCAAGAAGUCCGCGCUGUUUAGAGGAACAACUUCCGCCCCAGACCGUGGAUAUCUGUGGAGUGGAAUUCCCUGCAUUUGGAAAGCUAAACUUUGCUCAGUGUCCUGUUCUGGGGAACUGCUGUGAUCUGAGGCUCUACUGUACCAGUGCAAUAGGAUGUCCCGUAGUCCCGAACUGAAGGAAGACCCCAUGGAGUGCCCUCUGUGCAUGGAACCACUUGAGAUUGACGAUGUCAACUUUUUCCCGUGCACCUGCGGCUACCAAAUCUGCCGUUUCUGCUGGCACCGCAUCCGGACAGAUGAGAAUGGCCUCUGCCCAGCCUGCAGAAAGCCAUACCCAGAGGACCCGGCUGUGUACAAACCUUUGUCACAGGAGGAGAUCCAAAGGAUAAAGAAUGAGAAGAAGCAGAAGCAGAAUGAGAAGAAGCAAAAGGUGACUGAGAAUCGUAAGCACCUUGCCAGUGUCCGUGUGGUCCAGCGGAACCUAGUGUUUGUGGUGGGACUUUCGCAGAGGCUUGCAGACCCGGAGGUACUUAAGAGGCCUGAGUAUUUUGGAAAGUUCGGCAAAAUACAUAAAGUGGUCAUCAACAAUAGUACGUCUUAUGCAGGCUCACAGGGUCCUAGUGCCAGUGCCUAUGUUACUUACGUCCGCUCAGAGGAUGCCCUAAGAGCAAUACAGUGUGUCAACAAUGUGGUAGUGGAUGGUAGAACACUUAAGGCUUCUUUAGGUACAACAAAGUACUGCAGCUAUUUUCUGAAAAGCAUGCAGUGCCCCAAGCCAGACUGUAUGUAUCUACAUGAACUGGGAGAUGAGGCAGCUAGUUUCACUAAAGAGGAAAUGCAGGCUGGGAAACACCAGGAGUACGAGCAAAAACUACUCCAAGAUCUUUACAAAAUGAAUCCCAAUUUUCUACAAACUUCAACAUGCGGAGGGGAGAAAUCAAAAAGCAAAACAAAUGCUACACAAAGACCAAACAGUAGCAAUAAAGAGGGUUGGCCCUUGUUACAGGGCUAUGGAAAACUAGUUAACGGUUUACCCACAGAACACCGCAAGUCCCCACCUCUUUUAGACUGCCUAACAGACUCCGAUCACUUGACUCCAGAUGAACCAGACCCUGAACUGGGAGCAGAUCAGAGCACAGGCCUUCCACCCUUUCCCUCAGCCUUAGAGCCAAGCAGUCCUGUUGAUAAAUCAACAGAACCUGUAAGCAUAGGGAAUGGGGAGAAUAUACCACAGGUCCCAAGUAGUGACUCACCCUCCCCUCCUCCUGGUCUUUCUAAGCCAAGCCUGGUGGUGCCCAUCAGUGUCGCUGACUUAACAGCCCGCUCCCCCUUUGAGGGGGCGGCUGCAGAGUCUCAGUCGCUCUUUUCAGACAACAGUAACUUCAGACACCCCAACCCAAUCCCCAGCAGCCUGCCCUCUUUCCCCAGCUCCCCACAGGGGGGCAGUGACUGGCCCAUGACCCCUGAGCCACAAAGCCUUUUUGCCUCAGACACCAUCCCAGUCGCCUCCUCCACUGACUGGCAAGCAGCCUUCGGUUUUGGCUCUUCGGCCAAGCAGCAGCAACAGGAUGAUGACCUGGGCUUUGACCCCUUCGACGUGACCAGGAAAGCCCUAGCUGACCUUAUCGAGAAGGAGCUGUCUGUUCAGGAGGUUUCACCCUGCUCUCCCACUCUCCCGCUUCACCAGCCCGGCCUCCACAAUGGACAGCAGCGCUUCCCUCAGCUGCAGCACAGAGGCCUCUACAACUCCUUCAGUCUGCCCCCACACACAGCCUCGCGCCACCCCUGGAUGGGUCUCCCCACCCGCAAUAACCUCACACACUUGAACCACGCGGUUAGUGCAGCUGCUGCACACAGCCACUUUCUAGAGGUCAGCGGCCCACCACAGCACCACAACACAGGCCUCGGGGGGAUACCUAUAUCAGAAAACAACUCAGUGGAAAACAUAAAUGUGAAAGAAUGGCAGGACGGCUUAAGAGCACUCCUGCCAAAUAUCAACAUCAACUUCGGAGGCCUCCCAAACUCUACCUCCUCUUCAUCCUCCUCUUCGUCCACUUCCAGCGUAAACCACAUUGGUGCACCACCUGGGUCGGUAGGGCUCUCACACAGCCUCAGUUGGGAUGGCACGGCCAGCUGGAUGGAUCCCGCCAUCAUCACCGGUACGACUCACUGGUCCUCCAGAAUCUCGGGCAGCAAUCGGGAAGAAAGUAUCCCUGCGUCCGCAGGUAGCAGUUUGGACUGUCUCCAAGACGACAACCCGCCACACUGGCUCAAGUCUCUGCAUGCUCUGACAGAGAUGGACGGACCGGGCAGUUCAGUGGCCGCGCCCCAGCCUCAGCACACAGGCCUGCUGGAUGCAGCAGCCCAACUUUCGCUGCACAGAGCCGGUUGGGCACCCUACCUUCCCGCUCCCACACUCGCCCCCAGUCAGUUCCACUCUCCACCACCAGGCUUCCAGACAGCCUUUAGACCUCCAGCGCAGACCGCUACAGACAUCCUACAGAGCGCCGGCAUGGACCGCCACUAGGGACAAGCUCCCCUUCCCUCCAUCUCUCUUAACUUAACUGUAAUGACGCGUGAGGCUGCAGAAUAUCCUGAUCAUUAAUAACAUAACAUAAGCUCUUAUACAUCUGCCCCGUCUCUUUACCCCCUUUACAACAUUCAUUUGUCUGACUGUUUCUUUGAGGCACACUCUUUUCGCCUUGUGGUUUAUGGAAGGGCACGCAAAGCUGGAAUAGUGAGGGUGAUAUUUUUGAUCACCCAUACAAAGGUGUCCAACAUCUGGUUGAGGACACGCAUGGCGAUCCCUCAUGCAUAAGGAUUUGAGAAAUGGUAAGCGUUCAGUGGGCACACAUAGAUAACAAUGAUUUAUACAAAUGGAAGUAAACUGUUGAGGUUUCACUCGCCAAACAUCUGUCCAUCCUAGGUUCCCAUUCUGAUCUUAUACUGUGAAUGUGUUGGUCUAGAUAAUGACCGCUGUUCCAUAAAAUACAAGACAAGAUAACUGAUCAUUUCAGAGGAGUCAGUACAGUGCACCGGUGUCUUUGCCUCACAAGUCUAUGGUGCAGAUCCACACACAAGACUUGAUGACACAACAGUGCAUGUGUAGAGACCCCUGGUUCCCUGAGGGGGUGCUAAAGGCCCCUUCCCAGCAUGGGGGAGUCACUGCUGUACCUCUGUAUCAGAGGAUGGAGCGCUGCCCCAAUGAUGGCUAGGGGCUUUAGGUCCUGACUCACAUUUAACUCACUAGUAAAAGCGGUCUAUGGAGGGUUUGAGAUGCCACCAUGUGGUACUUAGUCACUCCAUUCCUAGUGAGGGAGAAGGAUUAAGACUGCACAGCACAUUGAUCAAUCCCACCAGUCUUAAAUAAGCAUUGGUGAUACAAUUUUGGGUAGCCAAGGAGGGACUGAGAUGGCGAUGUAAACAAGGUGGGUUGAUAAUCACUGUUAUUGGUAAUGAUCAAUGUGACAGUAACACAAUAACUUCAGGCCUUUUCAAGGCUAUAUCAUUUCUCCUUUUCUUUCUCUCUACUGUGUGGCCCAUACUAAACAGUAUUUAUCAGACUCUUAUUCAUUCUUUCAGGAAAAGUCAAUAUAGUCCAACAUUUUGGUUUUAACAUGCUGCUGAGAUAACAUUUAAUAAAAAGUGAAGAGCUAAAAGAAGAAAAAUAAAAGAUUUGACUUUUCUGCAGGUCUGGAACAACAAAAUCCUAAAUAAAAUUGAGUACUCAGUG